AUGGGUGUGUACAGAUGCACGUCUAGGACGCCUUCCCUAGCCAGCCUCAACUCUGGCUCUGCCUCGUCCAUUCUGCGUCAACCGUCCGAGAAGCGCGUUUCUGGCCACCGCACGAAUCCGUACCGGCGCGAGGGCAAGGCCCUAUUACGCAAGGAGUCGACGCUGCUUGCCAUACCAGGCUCUUUUCCUCGUACACAACCGCAGAACACCACAAGCGCCUCGGUUCCUUCUGCUUCGUCGACGACGACGCCGCAGGACGCGAAUACUCCAUUGUCUUGGGCCUCCCUCGCCAAGGCGUGCCUCUUUUCGCCUCCUGAACACCCUGUCAGGCCAUCUGCAACUGCGGAGCCCGUCGAUGCGAAGCCUCAGCGACGCGAGACCCGGGCGGCCAAGCGCAAGUUUUAUCUUCGCGCUCUAGCCACUGGCGAUGCGAAGGCGGACAAAGCUCUGGAGAGAUUGAGCUACCCGGAGCUGAAGGGUCGCUAUAAGGUCUUGCAGGCCAGCCACAGCGAGGGUCUGAUCAGGGACACUCAUAACUGCAUUAACCGUCUGCAGGCCGAGCUGCAGGCGCAGCAAUUCCAGCACUCGAUCGACAUAACAAAACUUACGAACGCCAACGCAAAGCUGCGUGCCCAAACCGAGGAGUAUGCUGAGGUGAUAAACAACAGUCGCGCCGAGAUCUCUCGCCGAGAGAAGGCCAUGCAGUUGCUCUCAGAUCGCAUCAAGCACCUCGAGCAGGAGGCCCGCCGUAUGCAGCAGGAGGCAGCGCGCUUGCUGCAGGAGAACGAACGUCUUCGCGAGGCUGCUGCUGCGCGACCUGCGCGAAACAAGCCGACGCAAGGGGUCGCAAAGGCCGAGGAGUUUGCUGCUCUGGGCAAGAUGUUCAUCAACCAUCACCUUAGCUGGGCACAGAUCCUGAAUGGGAAUGCGACGGCGACCUUCGACUUCGACAACUUCCCGUGGCCAGUCAUCCCUGGCCAAUCCGCCGAUAUCGACCAUGUCACAGAGGCCUCGCUCCGGUUUUACUACACCCACCCCAUACGCCCAGGGCCUCUGGAUUUGUCGAAGGAGAUUUCUAAAUACCACUCGGACCAGUUCGACAACAGAGGGCUCAAGUAUUUCAAGGACCAGGACAAGAAGAAGGCGCGGGAGCUUGCGACGCAUAUUGCUCAGCUGCUCAUCAUCCUUCGCAAGAAGAUGGGUCGGCGCUGA